AUGCAUUUUCUUAUUACAGGAGCAGCCGGCUUUAUUGGCCAACUGGUGGCACAAACCAUCCUGAAUGAAGAGCAAUAUACCGUACUGCUGACGGAUGUGAUUGAUCCACCAAUCCCAGAAGGCGUUAAAUAUCCCCAAAACGCCAAGAUAUUGAGAGCAGACCUUUGUUCGGCUGCUGAGUCGGUCGUUGAGAAGAACUUGGAUGCUGUGUACAUCUUUCACGGCAUUAUGUCUUCGGGGUCAGAGGAAAACUUCGAGCUGGGUAUGCGUGUCAACGUGGAAGCCACACGCAGCUUGCUAGAGACUCUGAGAAAAAUCUGUCCAGGAGUACGUGUGAUUUAUGCAUCGAGUCAAGCAGUCUAUGGCCGACCAGUUCCAGAUAUUGUGGAUGAAUCGAUUAGGCCAACCCCAGAGUCGUCGUAUGGUGCCGAGAAGUUGAUCUGCGAGACCCUGGUGAAUGAUUACACAAGGCGAGGAUUCAUUGAUGGCUUUAGUCUUCGGUUCCCAACCGUUUCCAUUCGGCCAGGCAAGCCGACAGCUGCUGCGUCCUCAUUCCUGUCCGGUAUGAUCAGAGAACCGCUCAAAGGUCAGGAAUCGGUCAUUCCUCUGCAAGAUCGGUCCUUCACUUCAUGGGUCUGUUCACCAAGGACGUUGGCUGGCAAUUUGAUGCACGUGUUGACUGUACCAUCACUGAGCUUACCGUUACAUGAUCGACCAAUCAACAUGCCAGGGACAGGCGUGACCAUCCAGGAGAUGAUAGAUGCUUUGGAAAAGGUUGGUGGAAAGGACAAGUUGAAGCUGAUCAAAGAGAUCACAGAUCCGGCGCAGGAAAAGAUCUUGCGGUCUUGGGCAAACAAUUUCGAUAACUCGAAAGCGUACAAAAUGGGGUUUCAGCAGGAUCCUGGAUUCGAGCAAGCAGUGAUAGAUUACAAGGAGUCCUUGAGAUGA